UGUUCAUACCAGCGUAAACAUGGCCGCCUCCACAGUCCGCCGUUCUACACGCUGGAUGUUUAAGGCUUUACCUCGACUCAACACGACUUGUGGGCCUUUUAGCGCCCUCACACACGGACAUACCUCCGGCCUGACGGUCACUGGGGGUCGUUAUUAUGUGGUUGGGCUCAGUACACAUCGCAGGAGAGAAGAGAGCGGGGUGACAUUGGGGGGCUUGGCAGGGUUGAAGGGCUUCAGUGUUAGCAGCUCACAUGCCUUCCAUAGCAGUUCAGUGCGGCAUGCGGAGGAUUACUACAGCGUGCUGGGCAUUCCACGCACCGCUACGCAGAAGGAGAUUAAAAAGGCCUACUAUCAGAUGGCCAAGAAAUACCAUCCUGACACCAACCCAGAUGAUCCGCAGGCUAAAGAGAAGUUCGCCAAGCUGGCAGAAGCAUAUGAGGUUCUGAGCGACGAGGUGAAGAGGAAGCAGUACGAUACGUACGGUUCGGCGGGGCCGAGCGCCGGCGCAGCAGGACAGCAGCAGUACUGGAGGGGCGGAGCCACUGUGAAUCCAGAGGAGCUCUUCAGGAAGAUCUUUGGAGAGUUUGCCGGAGGCCGAGGCUUUGGAGAUUUUACUUCCAUUUUUGACCAACCACCAGAGUAUGUGAUGGAGUUGACGUUCACUCAGGCAGCAAAGGGAGUGAACAAGGAGAUCACGGUGAACUUAGAGGACAGCUGUCCACGUUGUGACGGCAAAGGUCAUGAGCCUGGCACCAAGGUCACACAUUGCCAUUACUGCAACGGCACUGGCAUGGAGUCGAUAAACACUGGCCCGUUUAUGAUGCGCUCCACCUGUCGGCGCUGUGGUGGACGGGGCUCCAUCAUGAUCACGCCAUGUGUGAUGUGCAGAGGAACAGGCCAAACCAAACAGAGGCACACAGUCACUGUUCCUGUUCCUGCAGGAGUGGAGGAUGGUCAGACGGUGCGGAUGCCGGUGGGAAAGAAGCAGAUUUAUGUCACAUUCAGAGUCCAGAAGAGUCCAGUGUUCCGGCGGGACGGACCAGAUAUCCACUCUGAUGUGAUGAUCUCAGUGGCUCAGGCUAUUCUGGGAGGAACGGCUCGAGCCCAGGGCCUCUAUGGAACCAUCGACAUUCCGAUCCCUCCUGGAAUCCAGACAGACCAGAAGAUCCGGCUGGCCAGUAAAGGAAUCGCCCGCUUGAACAGCUACGGCUAUGGAGACCACUACGUUCACAUCAAAAUUAAAGUUCCUAAGAAGUUGAAUCGUAGGCAGCAGGAGCUGAUGCUGAGCUACGCUGAGGAGGAGACGGACGUGGAGGGGACAGUCACUGGGGUCAGCAGAGCAGCAGCAGGGCGUUCUCAGCAUGAAGCUAAGGCUUCUGAAGAAGAGCAGAGGAAAGAAGAAGAGCAGCCAGAGAAGGAGGAGGGAGGAUUUUUCUCCAAGCUGAAGAAGAUGUUCUCCUGAUGGGAUCAGCAGAUGUUUGGGUGCUUCCUGACCUUUGACAUCUCCUCAUUAUCUGAUGCCGAGAACCUCUGACUCUAGGGGAGAGUCUUGCAAGCCAUUAAUGACUCUUGAUGCUCUUCUCCCAACUCGGCUGUUGGCGAAGGAAACCAGAGUGGGAGAAGAACGGCAUCCGACAGAAUCCCAAAGAGCUCCUACUGUUGCCCAUCAUGCCAUGGAGCUCAAACCUGUCCAGCCAAAAACUCUACAAGGACAGACGGCAGGAGAUCAGGAGAUUCUGCUACCUACUGUUUUCUGUCUAUUGAAGGACUGCAGUAAUGGAGUUAUGCUGCAGAUAAAUCAUUACAUACUGUGCUGAGGUUUACCCAUUUACAUGUUUAACUAAUCUGUCACACCCCGAUAGAUAUUUGAGUGUGAUACGGCCCAGACUGCUCAAUGGAGUCACCAUUAAACAGACCAGGUCAAAGGCUAUGUCAUAAUAUUAAUGUAAUUUAUUUCUUCAGUAAAAAGUGAUUUAUUAUUAAUGUCGGUUCACUCUGUCCUCUAUGCUGUGUGAUGUUUUUCUACCAGAGUGCCUGUGUUUCAUGAUUGAUUGAUCAUGAAUUGAAUUCUCCCGUUAAAACGGUACACAUUCUGAAACAUACUUAGAUUAACCCUCUAUUUCAUGGUGUUGCCUCAGGUUAACAAAACCAUUUUCCUCACUUUACAAUGGCAUGAUACAUAUUUACUGAUGAUGAAAGGGUUAAUAAUGUAGGGAGGAGUUUAUACAAACCCAAAAAAAAAAACCUUCUAUUUCCUCAUCUCCUGGUGGCCAUUUUUAACCAUUUUGGCACGGUGAAGCUUGUGGAUGAUGCACUUUACUGCACCAGACAGUGUCCCUUAGAAAAACAAGUAUUUUUCCAUUUUUUAUCUGCCCAUAAAUAUGGUUCAUGUCUGUUAGUGUGAAGUUCAUUUUUGAAAUAUUCAGUAUCAUUUAAAUCAUCUAUGUUAUGAGAAAUUGCUGAAAUAUGUAUGUUGCCUUAAGGCAACACUGAGCAACAGUGAACCAGAUUUAGUCAGUGGCAAGUGUCACUUAUGCAGCCACAUUAGAAAACUGUUGUUUUUCAUUUAGAGUUGUUUUUUUAGAGUCAUUUAAAGUAUAAUUGUAUUUAACAUGUAUUAAAUUUUAGAGGCUAGAAGCUCCUUCCAAGUCCUCCUCGUCGGGUAUCAGUCAGCAUCCUUUAUGUUUUACUAGUAUCAUUACUUCUGUUCAGAAAACGAACAGCAAUUCUCAUUAUUUGUAAAUGUUUCAUUAUGUUUUAGCACAGUUUUAAGUCUUAUUUGUGGUUUUAAAUAAUUGGUGUUCAAGAAAUUGAGUAUUAGUCCUGAAGGGUGUAUCAUGUAAACAUGGUUUCUUUGAAAGAAAUCAUGAAAUAGAAUUAUUCUCAUUUUUUAAGCAUUCAUAGUAUUUAAAGUUUAUUUAAAAUCUGUGAACUGUAAUUAGUUUCAUUCAAAAAUUCAGUUUGCUAUAGGCCUAUUUCUUUCCAUUGUUGCACAAUGUUGCCUUAAGGCAAAGUACCGCAAAAGGAUUCCUACAUGUACUAUUAUUUAUUAUUAUUUUUUUUUAUGUCAUCAGGCCCAUUUUCUGCAAGUCAAAUUAAUUAAUCAUUUAUUUAAAAACAUUGCUCUCAUAAUGUGUGCAAUAGAGGCUUAGAAACUUGGUGAUCAGCCAUCAAAAUGAACUAUGGGAUAUGGUUUCAUACUUGGGAUUACUUACAUCGAGCCUUGACAAAUAUUUUUAUGCAGUAGAUUCAUUUUGGAAUAUAUUUCUCACGACUCUCAAAGCAAAUUCUGGAAGAUUUGAUUGUUCUGAACAUAUUUUGAAACAUGAUCUAUGAAGAAUUGAGCACAUGCAGUGAGACCCGAAUGAGUCUACCAAGAAAUAGUUUAAGCUAA